AUAGUUCAUCAUUUGCACGUGUUUUAAAACGGUCAAACUUGAAAUCACUGAAAUAAUCUACACAUUUAAUAUGUUUCAGUUACUUUUCUUUAGUCUUUAGGUUGUUGGGCUGUGCUCGCUGAAUGUUAAUGUGAACACAGUAGGCCAGCAGCUUUAAUGGGACUGAAAAGAUGGAAUGCAUGCUGUCAUGUUUGUAGGAGGUCUCUCUUUCCCUCCCUCCCUCUUAUUCUCUUCCUCUCCCUCCGACUGUAUGUCUCUCUCUCACUCUGUGCAUGAGCGGGUGUUUCUGAACAUACAGUGAUUUUUAGUAAGAGCCAGUGAGGCAUCUGUUUUGUACCAGAGACACAUUUAAAGAGAGCUUUGCUUGGUCCACAUAGAACUCGAGGCAUUCAAGUCAUAGUAGGUCACCUGAAGACUGAAGUCGUCUCUGAGAGUAAGAAAUGGACUGUCACAACGAGGAGUGCAGCCGGCCCCAGGAGGAAGAGGACAUCAUGGACAUCCCUCUGGAUGACCCCGAGGCCAACAGGGCUGCUGCCAAGAUCCAGGCUGGCUUCCGUGGGCACAUGACCCGUAAGAAGAUGAAGCCGGAGGACAAAGCAGAAGGGGAGGAGGUGAGCAGCACUGGGGAUGUGCUCAACGGCAGUGAGGGGGGCACAGAGACAGGAGGAUCGAGGGCAGUAGAGAGAGACGACACAUCUGUGCCAGAGCAGUGACGCCUCUGUCCUGACCUGGAUGAAGAGAAAGAGGGGAAGCAAGGUAGCGAGAGAUGGCUAACAUAAGCUGGCUGGGCUGGCUUUCAGGCACACCUUUUUACCCCAGGAGUCUUUUUUUUUUCAACACAAAUUAGCAGUAGAGAAUGAACCGACAGUUUUGAGGGUGUGAUGUGAAUUUUUAUGUGAACUUCAACACUCCUUUUCUGCUUCUUCAGCAGUCUCAUCAGUACGGAUGUCUUUGACCCAGAAUUUGCAACUCACUGCAUGUACUUGUGAAACUUCUGGUAGUGUGCUAGCUUUUAGAUGAUGAUCUGUGAAUGUGAUAAAUGAAUGUCCUCUAAAUGCUAAACAGGGCUUAUUGUUGGAUGGAUCAGUUCAUACCAUCUGUGUACAAACCUGGUAAGCACCUGCUUUAGACUUUGCGUAUUUAGUGGCUUAAAUUAUUUGUUAUUUUGCAUUGUUAAUGAUGUGCUUGUAUCUCAACUUAAAUUUACCUAUUUGACUUGCUUACAAAAAGUAUUAAAACAUCAGAGAAGUAGCUAUGUAUACUCUAUUAAGUUACUUAAUCCAGAUUGCACCUCAAUUUUCUUUUUUCAUCACAUUAUAAGUAUGUUCUCUUUUCACCUAUUCAAGCAUUUUCUAUAAAUCUGAUCUUCCAGAACAGUAAGCAUGCAGUGAUAUGUUACCACUUUUAUUUUUCUCCAGAUGCAUUUGGUACAGCUUUCCUUUAAGGCAUUACUUCAAUAUGCUCUGUUGUUGUGUUGGUGGAUUUGACUUGUUUGACAUAUGUUAAAUCAGGUGUGUGAAAUUAAUUAUCAUAGUUUGCGGAGUUAUCAUGCUAACUAAAUGACUAGUACCUUGCUGAACUUUGCUGUAGAGUCAUGUCAUUACACUAAUAAAUCCACCUUAAAUAUACA